CACCCCCUGCCGCUGCCUCAGCUCCUCAGUGCACAGAACCGCCUCGUCUGAGGGGACGCAAGGAUCGCCCUCGCCGCCGCUUUGGCCAGUGCGUCGGCCCGGGCCCUGACAAGCUGCUCCUGGGGAGGCUCUUCGGAGCCGGAGUUGGACCUCUGCGAUUGCCGUCUGCUGUCCCUCCUCUGAUCUCACGAGGGGUUUCCCGCCUCGCACCCCCCACCUCUGGACGUGCCUUUUCUCCUCUCCCCGCGUGUGGAGGGAGCCAGCGCUUAGGCCGGAGCGAGCCUGGGGGCCGCGGGCCGUGAAGGCAUCGCGGGCACCGAUUCACCAUGGAGGGCGCCGGGGGCGCGAACGACAAGAAAAAGAUAAGUUCUGAACGUCGAAAAGAGAAGUCUAGAGAUGCAGCCAGAUCUCGUCGAAGUAAAGAGUCUGAAGUUUUUUAUGAGCUUGCUCAUCAGUUGCCACUCCCCCAUAAUGUAAGCUCGCAUCUUGAUAAGGCUUCUGUUAUGAGGCUUACCAUCAGCUAUUUGCGUGUGAGGAAACUUCUGGAUGCUGGUGAUUUGGAUAUUGAAGAUGAAAUGAAGGCACAGAUGAAUUGCUUUUAUUUGAAAGCCUUGGAUGGUUUUGUUAUGGUUCUCACAGAUGAUGGUGACAUGAUUUACAUUUCUGAUAAUGUGAACAAAUACAUGGGAUUAACUCAGUUUGAACUAACUGGACACAGUGUGUUUGAUUUUACUCAUCCAUGUGACCAUGAGGAAAUGAGAGAAAUGCUUACACACAGAAAUGGGAAUCACUGCUAUUGUGAACCCGUUACUUACUACAAGUGCAUUAAAUCCCUUGGAUGUAUUGGAGUGAGCAAAGCAGGCCUUGUGAAAAAGGGUAAAGAGCAAAAUACACAGCGGAGCUUUUUUCUCAGAAUGAAGUGUACCCUAACUAGCCGGGGGAGAACUAUGAACAUAAAAUCUGCAACAUGGAAAGUACUUCACUGCACAGGCCAUAUUCAUGUAUACGAUACCAACAGUAACCAAUCUCAGUGUGGGUAUAAGAAACCACCGAUGACAUGCUUGGUGCUGAUUUGUGAACCCAUUCCUCAUCCAUCAAAUAUUGAAAUUCCUUUAGACAGCAAGACUUUUCUCAGUCGUCACAGUCUGGAUAUGAAAUUUUCUUAUUGUGAUGAAAGAAUUACAGAAUUGAUGGGAUAUGAGCCAGAAGAACUUUUGGGCCGCUCAAUUUAUGAAUAUUAUCAUGCCUUGGACUCUGACCAUCUGACCAAAACUCAUCAUGAUAUGUUUACUAAAGGACAAGUCACAACAGGGCAGUACAGAAUGCUUGCCAAAAGAGGUGGAUAUGUCUGGAUAGAAACUCAAGCAACUGUCAUAUAUAACACUAAGAACUCUCAGCCCCAGUGCAUUGUAUGUGUCAAUUAUGUUGUGAGUGGUAUUAUUCAGCACGACUUGAUUUUCUCCCUUCAACAAACAGAAUGUGUUCUCAAACCAGUUGAAUCUUCAGACAUGAAAAUGACUCAGCUAUUCACCAAAGUUGAAUCAGAAGAUACAAGCAGUCUCUUUGAUAAACUUAAGAAGGAGCCUGAUGCUUUAACUUUGCUGGCCCCAGCUGCUGGAGACACAAUCAUAUCUUUAGAUUUUGGCAGCAAUGACACAGAGACUGAUGACCAACAACUUGAGGAAGUUCCAUUGUAUAACGAUGUAAUGCUCCCCUCAUCUAAUGAGAAAUUGCAGAAUAUAAAUUUGGCGAUGUCUCCAUUACCUGCCUCUGAAACUCCAAAGCCACUUAGAAGUAGUGCUGACCCUGCACUCAACCAAGAAGUUGCAUUAAAGUUAGAACCAAAUCCAGAGUCACUGGAACUUUCUUUUACCAUGCCCCAGAUUCAAGAUCAGCCAGCUAGUCCUUCUGAUGGAAGCACCAGACAAAGUUCACCUGAGCCUAACAGUCCCAGUGAAUAUUGUUUUGAUGUGGAUAGUGAUAUGGUCAAUGAAUUCAAGUUGGAAUUGGUAGAGAAACUUUUUGCUGAAGAUACAGAAGCAAAGAAUCCAUUUUCCACUCAGGACACUGAUUUAGACUUGGAGAUGUUAGCUCCUUAUAUCCCAAUGGAUGAUGACUUCCAGUUACGUUCCUUCGAUCAGUUGUCACCACUGGAAAACAGUUCUACAAGUCCUCAGAGUGCAAGCACAAAUACAGUAUUCCAGCCCACUCAAAUGCAAGAACCUCCCAUAGCCACCGUCACUACCACAGCCACCAGUGAUGAAUUGAAAACAGUGACAAAAGAUGGUAUGGAAGACAUUAAAAUACUGAUUGCAUUUCCAUCUCCUCCCCACGUACCUAAAGAACCUCCUUGUGCCACAACGUCACCAUAUAGUGAUACUGGAAGUCGGACAGCCUCACCCAACAGAGCAGGAAAAGGAGUCAUAGAACAGACAGAAAAAUCUCAUCCAAGAAGCCCUAAUGUGUUAUCUGUCGCUUUGAGUCAAAGAACUACUGCUCCUGAGGAAGAACUAAAUCCAAAGAUACUAGCUUUGCAGAAUGCUCAGAGAAAGCGAAAAAUUGAACAUGAUGGUUCACUUUUUCAAGCAGUAGGAAUUGGAACAUUAUUACAGCAACCAGAUGAUCGUGCAACUACCACAUCACUUUCUUGGAAACGUGUAAAAGGAUGCAAAUCUAGUGAACAAAAUGGAAUGGAGCAAAAGACAAUUAUUUUAAUACCCUCUGAUUUAGCAUGUAGACUGCUGGGGCAAUCAAUGGAUGAGAGUGGACUACCACAGCUGACCAGUUAUGAUUGUGAAGUUAAUGCUCCUAUACAAGGCAGCAGAAACCUACUGCAGGGUGAAGAAUUACUCAGAGCUUUGGAUCAAGUUAACUGAGCUUUUUCAUAAUCUCAUUCCUUUUUUUGGACACUGGUGGCUCAUUACCUAAAGCAGUCUAUUUAUAUUUUCUAUAUCUAAUUUUAGAAGCCUGGCUACAAAUACUGCACAAACUCGGUUAGUUCAAUUUUGAUCCCCUUUCUACUUAAUUUACAUUAAUGCUCUUUUUUAGUAUGUUCUUUAACGCCAGAUCACACACAGCACAUUUUCGUAGCUCUUCGGUAUUUAAACCAUUGCAUUGCAGUAGCAUCAUUUUUAAAAUGCACCUUUUUAUUUAUUUAUUUUGGGCUAGGGAGUUUGUCCCUUAUCGAAUUAUUUUUAAUAAGAUGCCAAUAUAAUUUUUUUAAGAAGGCUGUAACCUUUCAUCAUGAUGAGUUUAAAAAAUUUUUACUCAGUUUUUCACAUUUUACAUAAAUAAUAAUGAUUUGCCAGCAGUACAUGGUAGCCGCAAUUGCACAAUAUAUUUUCUUAAAAAAAUACCAGCAGUUACUCAUGCAAUAUAUUCUGCAUUUAUAAAACUAGUUUUUAAGAAGAAAUUUUUUUUGGCCUAUGAAAUUAUUAAACCUGGAACAUGACAUUGUUAAUCAUAUAAUAAUGAUUCUUAAAUGCUUGUAUGAUUUAUUAUUUAAAUGGGUAAAGCCAUUUACAUGAUAUAGAAAGAUAUACAUAUAUCUGGAAGGUAUGUGGCAUUUAUUUGGAUAAAAUUCUCAAUUCAGAGAAAUGAUUUGAUGUUUCUGUAGUCACUUUGCCAGCUCAAAAGAAGACAAUACCCUAUCUGUAGUUGUGGAAGUUUAAGCUAAUAUUGUGUAAUUGAUAUUAAACCUAAAUGUUCUGCCCACCCUGUUGGUAUAAAGGUAUUUUGAGCAGAUUGUGAACAACAAAAAAAAUCAUGCUUUGUUAGCAAAAUUGCCUAGUAAUGUUAAUUUGCUCAAAAUUUGAUGUUUGGUUUUAUGCACUUUGUCGCUAUUAACAUCCUUCUGUUUUCAUAUAGAUUUCAAUAAUUGAGUAAUUUUAGAAGCAUUAUUUUAGAAAUAUAUAGUUGUCACAGUAAACAUCUUGUUUUUCUAUGUGCAUUGUACAAAUUUUUCAUUCCUUUUGCUCUUUGUGGUUGGAUCUUCUAACACUAACUGUAUUGUUUUGUUACAUCAAAUAAACAUCUUCUGUGGACCAGG